AUGUCAGCUUUUUGCCUCGAUCUGCACACGUCUACGGCCGCGAUUUCAGCACCCCUAGAGCUGGACAGCGACUGCAUGGAGCAAACGCUGGAUCCCAGCCUCAAACCCCCUCAAGACACAGGAGGAUUUCAGGCUCACUCGCUGCUACACACUGGUCCCGGAGGUCUCGGUAUGGCGCUGGAGGAAGAGCUCGCCUUGCUUACCGGAGAGCGUGAGGAGGAAGAUAAUUUAGAGUUAACCGCCUUGGAGCCGCAUGUCAACGGACAGGAUGCCGACUUACUGUCGCUUUUCCGGCAAAAAGAGAAAGACUUGGUCUUGGCUGCUAAACUUGGGAAGGCGCUACUUGAGCGUAACCAAGAUCUCACAAAGCAAUAUGAAAAAAUGAACAAAGAUUUAAAUGAGAAACUCGAGCUUUUGGAGCAGGAGAAACACGAGUUGAGGAGAAGGUUGGAGAGCAGAGAGGGGGAAUGGGAGGGCCGGGUGGCCGAGCUGGAGACGGACGUGCAGCAGCUGCAGGGCGAGCUGGAGAGGCAGCAGGUGCAGCUGAGGGAGGCCGACCGAGACAAGAGCCGAGCCAUCUCCGAGCUGUCCGAACAGAACCACCGGUUGCUGGAGCAACUGAGCAGAGCUGCACAGGUCGAGAGGCAGCUGUCCACUCAGGUUCACUCCUUGCGGGAUGAUUUUCGAGAGAAGAGUAUCUCGACCAACCAGCACAUGACCAGACUAGAGAACCUACAAGCAGAGCAAGGGCUUGAAAUAAAGAUGCUGUCGGAGAGAAAACGGGAGCUGGAGCGACGCGUGAACGAGGUGAUGGAGGAGAACGAGCACUUGCACAACACGGUGGAGAAUCUGAGAGAGAGAACGCUAGUUUUGGAGAAGCAAUGUCACGAGAAAGACUUGCAGUUGCGUCAGAGUCAGCUGGAGCUGCAGGAGGUGCGUGUCUCUCACAGGCAGCUGAGUGCUCGUCUGGAGGAGCUGUCUGAGGAGAGGAGUCUGCAGGGCCUUAGCCCACACCCUGCCAGCCUGCUCUGCGAAAUAGAACAGAGCAUGGAGCAAGAGGAGCUGGAGCAGGAGAGAGAGCAGUUACGGCUGCAGCUAUGGGAGGCGUACUGCCAAGUAAGGUCCAUCUGCUCCCAGCUUAGAGGAAAUGACGUCACGGAUUCGGCUCUCUCCACUGACUCAUCCAUGGAUGAGUCGUCAGAGACGUCAUCUGCCAAGGACGUGCCGACAGGUAGCUUGCACGCCAGCCUGCUGGAGCUGCGCAGACUCACUCAGAACCUUCUGGAUGGCAACGAGUCUACGGGUUCCCGGCGCAGUGACGAGGAGGUGUUGGAGGAGCAGAUACGGAAGCUUGGGGAGGAGCUUAGAGGAGUCAGGGAGCUGUAUGAACAGGAGCAAGAAAGAGUGCAAAGCACUCAAGAAGAACUGCUGCAACUCCACAAUCAGGUGGCGAUGCUCUCUGUGGAGGUUUGCUCCACAAGAGAAGAGAAUGAUCGGUUAAGAGCUAUGGCUGAUGUACGGGAACCUAGCGAGCAGCUACAGAGCGCCAUACGAGACCGAGAUGACGCUAUCGCCAAGAAAAAAGCAGUUGAGAUGGAGCUGGCCAAGUGUAAGAUUGACAUUAUGUCCCUUAACAGCCAGCUAUUGGACGCCAUCCAACAGAAACUAAACUUGUCUCAACAGUUGGAAGCCUGGCAGGAUGAUAUGCACAGAGUGAUAGAUCAGCAGUUGAUGGAUAAGCAUCAGGAGGAGUGGAGGGCAUCUACUUACUCCUUCUCUGGAGGCAAUGAAGGCUCCUCCAGGGGACACUCCUCCAGACGAGCCCACCGUCACUCCAACGGGGACAAGAGGCUCUUCUCGUUUUUUAAGAAAAACUGA